GAAGUUUAUUUUGUUUAAUCUUAAAUGAAAUUACAGCGACCCCAUUUCAAACAUUUGGUCUGCAACUCUGUCCACGCCAACGCAAAUGGAAGGAAACCCCAACAUCGAACUCGUCAACUCGCUGCAAGCUCAAAUGGAAUCUCUCCGAGAAAGGAUAAACCAACUAGAGACCGAGAAUGCUAAGCUCUCUCGUCAGCUCUCCGUUUGCGUCUGCCAGAAGAUUGCAGUGAGUGAUAAAACUCCUGUAGACUGCAGUAGUUCAAUUGGGGAAAUGGAGAUGCUGAAAUUGGAUGAAAUCGGUUUGCUAAACAGAUCAAAAGAUAAAGAACCAGCUGCAGGCGGCAAUGCGAUGGCCUUGCAUCAUUUACCGAAGCGAUAUGUUGCUUUAAAAGUUAUGUAUUUUGGCCAGAGAUUUUACGGUUUUGCUUCAGAGGCACAGAUGGAUCCAACAAUAGAGUCAGAAAUUUUUAAGGCCCUUCACAAGACAAGGUUAGUAUCUGGUGAUAGGAAGGAAUUGCAAUACUCAAGAUGUGGCAGAACUGACAAGGGAGUCUCGUCUGUUGGCCAAGUAAUCUCUCUAUUUCUACGAUCAAAUCUUAAAAAAACACCAGCGAGCAACGGAUAUUCUGUAGAAAGCUUUGCUGAGGAAUCAUGUGAUGGAGAAAUAGAUUAUGUAAAGAUACUAAAUAGAGCUCUUCCUAAUGAUAUUAGAAUUAUUGGAUGGUCACCUGCUCGAACUGAUUUCAGUGCAAGGUUCAGUUGUUUGAGCAGGGAAUACAAGUACUUCUUUUGGAGAGAAAAUUUAAAUAUCAUGGCAAUGGAAAGUUCAGGAAAGAGAUUUAUUGGGGAACAUGAUUUCAGAAAUUUUUGUAAGAUGGAUGCAGCUAAUGUCCACAACUAUAGGCGGUACAUCACAUCAUUUGAGAUUUUCUCAUGCAAUGAAAGGUAUGGAGAUGAUGAGCUCUGGGCAAUGAAAAUCAAAGGUAGUGCUUUCCUGUGGCACCAGAUCCGAUGCAUGGUUGCUAUACUGUUUUUGAUUGGCCAAGGACUUGAAUCUUCUAAUGUGAUAGACGAGUUACUGGAUACUGAAAGAACAUCAAGGAAACCUCAAUACAAAAUGGCUCCUGAGAUUCCCCUGGUUCUUCAGUCUUGUGAAUUUGAUGGUCUCAAAUUUAAGUGUUCAUCAGAUGCUAGGCAAGCUCUACGUGCUCACUUGGAGAAGGAAUGUCGAAGUUAUAAACUUGAAGCAGCAAUCUUUCAUGAGGGCUUGCUAAGUUGUUCAACUACCUUCUCUGAUUCCACUCAGCUAAACAUUACAACAAAGAAGAAGGGGCCCACUCACAUUCCACUCAUGUCGCGACCAACUGAGCCCUCUUAUGAAGAACGACGUGCUAAACUGGCUGCUGCUAGAUCAAACAAUUACAAUUGACGCAACACUAUAACCGCAAAAAAGUUUUCAAGUUAUAUAUAUAUAUUACCUUGAUCAUUUGUUUGGCAUGUUAUAUAUAUAUUUUUUAUUCAUACUGAAAUAUUACGCCAUAUUCGAAUUAUGUUGAGAAAAGUAACAUUUUAUGUUGAA